AUGGCGGCAUCAAAAACAACAAUCUUCAUAGUUUUCCUUCUUUAUCUCUCAUGCGCAUUGUUGGUGAGCCCCUCUGGAAUUCAAGCUCAUAGGUCAUGCCGGAAUGGACAUUGCAUUUGUGAGCGGCUAAAAGCCGAGAUUGAGCCGACCAAGACAAUAAGGUGUAAAACGGACCGUGAUUGUCCCGAUUCUCGUAAAUGCCCUAUUAAAGACUACUAUUACUCUUGUCUUCAUGGAGAAUGUACUUGUAGAACAGUAUAA